CUGAUGGGGGGUCCUAGAGAAUGGGUUUGUUCUAAUGGGAUUCAAGAGAAUAGAUACUGUAUCCAAGCUUGUGAAGUUUAUCUCAGAUUCAGCCGCAGAAAGUUGCGGCGACCAGACGAACAGAGCUGUUGUUGAUUGACGUAAACCCAAAAAAUCACUCUCCUGUUGAAACAAUGUCCAAGUCCAACGCCAACGAGCCACCGGAAAAACACACUCCGCAGCUGUCUCUUUCUUCAUUGCCUGACGAUAUUGUUCUGAGAUGCUUGGUGGGCGUCCCAAGGAUCUAUCACCUAAACGUCUCAUGGGUCUCAAAACACUUAAGAACCCUUGUUCGCUCGCCUGAGCUCACCGUCUUGCGAUCCACCCUUCCCAACAGCUGCCUCAACGUAUGUUUGGAAGAAAAUUUGGACUUCGACCACUCAUUCUUCCAUUGGUUUACACUCAACAAAACGGAGUAUGGUUUUGUUCUGAACCCGACUCCCAUCCCUUCUCAUCCUAGUUACGGUUCUUCAACCGUUGCAGUACUGGGUUCUUCAAAGAUCUUCUUCAUUGGUGGACCUAGAGGAGAACCUUCCACGGAUCUAUGGAUCCUUGAUACACGAUCUGGGACCAUCACUCAAGGACCAAGCAUGACUGUGCCUCGAGUAGCUCGCAGAGCAGCUGUUGGUGUAAUCGACGGGAAGAUACACGUGAUGGGAGGCAGAGGGUUCAACGAAGAGAUCCAAGUUGAAGUUUUCGAUCCUAACUCGGAGACUUGGGAGCUUGCGGGGGUGGAGAAGGUGCGCAAGAUUUCACGGAGCAGUGUCUCGGUGGAAAGGAAGGUUUAUAUGGUGGAGUACGAGGAGACCAACGUGUACAACCCGAGAAAAGGUGAAGGAGAACCACGGAUGGUUCGGUUUGUAAGCGAGAUGAUCUCGGAAGGUACUGGAAGAAAGAAGAAGUUCACUGAAAUGGCGCAUAGCGUGUGUGUGGUGGAGGAUGUUCUCUUUGGUUUCUUUACAGGGAAAGGGUUGAUGUGGUUUGAUACAAAGCUCAAUGUGUGGAGAAGAUUGUUGGUUCGUGAUGGGAAGCAACUGGUUAUCUCACGUGUGAAGGGGAUGUCGGAAUAUGACGGAAGGCUUGUGGUUUUUAACUACAUUAUCCCAACUCACGGAUUGUGGGGUGUAAAUGAAGAUGAUAUUAUGGCGGCUACGAAGAAUGUCCAGUGUAUAUUGGUCUCACUGGAUAGAGCUGGUGACAAGAUUUGUGGGACGAUCGUUUGGUCUGGUGUUGUGGCUACGGUCCCACUUUGGUUUAAUGUUCAGCAUUGUUUAGCUGUUCCAAGUGAUUAUUGA